AAGAGGGAAAUGGUGGUUAUAUUGUAGCAAUAGUUUGCAAAAUGUAUAGAUACAAGCAUGUCACUGGAAAUGUGUCCUCCUAACAUGGCAAUGGGAAUAAUAAAAAAAUUUUUUUUUCAUCUUUCACGAACAGCCAAUAUCAUUUAUGUACAUGUGUUUCGAAACCUAUAUCACAGGUCUUCAAUCACGAAAAUAUUGUCAUCGUCUUCUGGGGAGUCAUCUUCCGCGGCUGCCGCAGUGGAUUCCUCACACUUGUCUAUGAGCCAUGCUGGCCAAGGGAUCCCAUCCCUUGGUCGGGAGUCUAGCAACGGAGACGACUCGGCAUCUGUGCGCACCGUAGGAAUGUCUAUUGGCGACGAUCGCACCGCCAGUGUGAUGAUGGUGCGUUCAACUUUUGGUUUCUUUUUAAGCUUGAUCAUUUUUAUAUCCAGCGUAAGAAACAUUAGCACGCUAAAGAGCAGAUGUAUCAGUCGCACGCUUUGCAUCCUAUGGACGCUACGCGAUUUCUCACAAAAUAUUUUAGGAUCCACUGUGAAGUAUUGAGAGUAGAGAGGCUGUUGGUUGAGUAAGAGAAGAUAAAAGGAAGAGGGGGCGACGGAGAGAAAAAAGAUAAACGGAAUGAGAAAAUAAAAAAAGAAGUGGCG